UUUUAGAUAAGAAAUGUGAGGUCGCCUGUUUGGUCUUUUUACUGGUCGUGCUUCUCUGCGUAUUCGAGGGUAGUGCAGUCUAGCAUGGAAAGUUGGCAACAGAAGUGGAGUAGCUGUGAAGGGAUUGAGAUAGAAGGUGUGAGCAAAUGUCUGAGUGGGGGCGGGGAGUUUCCGGUGUUCACUUACAGACCAUCUUGGGAAGAGUUCCAGGAUUUCCAGGCCUGCAUUCGUAGAGCGGAGGCGAUGGGAGCACACAAGACCGGUAUUUGCAAAAUCAUUCCUCCUAAGGAGUACAUGCCACAGACUGACUAUUCCCAGUUCGACAGUGCACAAGUGCAGAAUCCCAUCCGACAGACGGUGGACGGGAGUGGAGGAGUGUACAGACAGAUAAACACUCUGCUGUCCAAGAAGAUCACUGUCAGACACUUCAGAGACAUGGCCAUGUCUGACAAAUACAUGGCACCAGUACACACACGGGACGAGGCUGGCUGGGAUGAGUUGGAGAGGAAGUACUGGCGCAACAUGACACUAGUGCAGCCCAUCUAUGGGGCAGACAUAGACGACACAGUCACAGAUGCCAGCUGGGAUGUGUGGAAUUUCCAAAGACUACCCUCGCUUCUGGACAUAGUCUCCAAGCAGAAUGUUCGCAUAGUGGGUGUGAACACUCCCUACUUGUACUAUGGGAUGUGGAAAGCGACCUUUCCCUGGCACACAGAAGAUAUGGAUCUAUACAGCAUCAAUUACAUACACUACGGAGAACCCAAGACAUGGUAUGUCAUCCCGCCCGAGCACGGGAAGCGUUUUGAAGUGGUGGCUAAGGGUCGUUUUGCGCCUACAGAAGGGACAAUGUGUGAGAACUUCCUGAGACACAAGACUACAAUCAUAUCACCCAGCUUCCUCAAGAAAGAAAACAUCCCUUGCUCCAAAACUGUUCAAAGAGCUGGAGAAAUUGUUGUAACAUUUCCGUUUGCAUAUCACCAAGGAUUCAACCAUGGAUUCAAUUGCGCAGAAGCCACUAAUUUUGCCACCGAACGAUGGAUCGAGUUCGGAAAAUGGGCGACCCAUUGCGGCUGUCGUGAGGAUGCAGUGAAGAUAGACAUGGAUGUGUUUGUGCAACUUUACCAGCCGGAGAGAUACUUCAGAUGGCGCAAUGGAACAGACGAGAACAGAGUAGAUUAUCACAAAUUACACUACCCAAAGCUUCAAUCCAGAGUACAUCUGUCACUUUCUUCCAACAGAGGAGGACAACAUAAAUCCACUUCUAACUCAGUCACACUAGAGAAAAUAGGAACUGACUUUACGACAAAUUCUUCGUCGAAUAGAAAAAGAAAAAAAGACGCUUCAAACGAAAGUGAAACGAACGGAUUACCUAAGAACCUCUGUCUGACGUCAGCAAAGCUUAAUCUUGAAGAGCGUCGAGGACCGAGAGUGGAUUUUCUUGUGGACGACGGUUGCGAUAGUGAUCGAUCAGAUUCAACCGAGCUGGCCUCGGAUGAUAACUGCCACGGCGAUCAAAACAGCCAAUCAGAGUUGACCUCAUCAGAUACGGAUGUGCCUUGGAAACUGACUCCUCAGAAAUGUCGCCUGUUCUGGAAGAAGAUGAGACGCAAUGUGCGCGGUCUAGACUUACCACAGAUGACCAAUGACGAAGAGGAAGACUCAGUGUUAAAUGUGGUUGGCUUCUUGUCUAACAGUUGUGCGGUUGAGUACCUGGCGAAAUUGUUUGAACCUUUGUACCAGUUCGCACAUUCAUUGGGAGGUUAUAGCAACAAGGCGCCUGGUAUAAUCCCUGGAAGUAGAAAGCUAUCGGACUGCGACGAAGCUGUGGAAGAACCAGAAGUCAAAAACGUAUUUGAUGCUUUCAAUUCGUCAGCUUCUGGGACGCCUCAGAAAUCAAUAGCUGGUUGUUCAAUUUACAUGAACAAUUCGCCAGUUAAAUCCGAACAAGAAGGUGUAGAUGACAACUACCUAACUAGUUUGAGAGUCAACAAAAUGCCGAUAUUGUGUAGCAAAUCUACUAACGAGGCAGACAGAUAUCCUCUCAAUCAGCAAGAAGAAGUGCUCAAAAAGGAUUACGUAGAAUCGAAAAAUGUAAAUGGUUUAUCUCAAAGUGCCGAUGAUGAGUUGCAAUCUGCACUUGAUGACCAGUAUGACCCCUGCAUGCCAAUAGAGGUGUCCAUGAAUCUAUCCGAUUCACAUUUAUGGCCCAAAUGCGCUGUCUGCUCAAUCUUCAGGGUGUUCUACAGAGAAAGUGAGAACAAACUUUCAAGCAAGCACGAGAAAAUCAGAUUGAAAUAUGAGCAAGAUGGUUUUGAAGCCAGCAAACCUUUGAUUUCUGACUUGAUUUUUGUGAAGACAAAACUACUGAUGGCCAAUAGCUCGCCUGUUAAAGGCACGACUCAAAUUACAGCGUUGAAUCGAUACUCGGAAAUCAAAAUAGACACGAGAAAACCUUGUCCAAUUCUGAAGUGCAAAAGGUGCUAUGUAUCAGUGCAUGCGACAUGUUACGGAGUGUCAAUCGAUCAAUUUUCAGCUGAUGAAUGGAAAUGUGAUCCAUGUGCUUUAUCUGAACGCGGUGACACAUCAGAUUCUGAAGAUGUUCAUCGUUAUCCGAUCGAUAAAAGAGUGGAACAUAGAUCAAAAUUAAGCAUGCCGACUUGUCUUCUAUGCAUGAAGAAAGGAGGCGCCUUCAAACGUGUUUCUAAAGUGCCUUUGACUUUCAACCCCUCUCAGAAACAUCCGUGCAAAGUGGUACCUGGAAAAUCACUCUGGGUGCACGUAGCGUGCGCGAUUGCAGUUCCAGAAGCACUAUUCACGGAUCUGCAGCAUCAUUCGGUAGAUUUGUCAAGAGUGGAUCGAAUGCGCACUUCACUGAAUUGCAGUGUGUGUCAUCGACUAGAUGACAGAGUUCAAUGUGAAUCUUCUGACAGCUGUGACUCGGACUUCUUCUCCAACCGAGAGAUGAAAUAUUUGUCCGCAUGUCUUCAGUGCUUUAACGAGUAUUGUACACGUUCAGUUCAUUUGCCGUGUGCAAUGCACUCGCGACAUUGGACAAUCACGCCCUCUUGUCAUCCAAUCACAGUGAAGUUGUACUGCAGGCAACACACCAGCUUAGCAUCUUCAAAUCUUCUCACAACCGAACGAACGCUAAACGAAGGAAGUGCAAUCGGAUCAAUUGAAAACGACAGAGCAAAUGGGUCUAAAUUUGGCAGUAGUGAGAACCGUGCGGUAGUUGUAAAAACCAACCGAAAAUGUUCGAGUUUCAAGAUGAAUCGAGAAGGAAUUGUGUUGCAGAGAAAACCAUUUGAUUUCUAUCGAGUUCUUUUUGACGAUGGCUUGGAGUCAAAAGACCUGCUUGCUGAAAAUUUCUUCGGCCAUGACUGGGUUGCGCGUGGUGUGCCGCGUCUCAACGAUCGCGUAAACAUAUUGUGGUCAGAUGAGCAGCUGCAUCAGGCCAAGUUCACAGGCAUCAUCAGGGUCAACUACUGCCAGGUGUUGUUCCACGAUGACGCAUCACUGCAAUGGGUCGAAGAGAAAAACCUCUUAUCCAGAUGAAAUCAUCUCCAUGUUCAUACUUUGCAUCAAAAUUAAUGCAGAGCCGAAACACGAUGUGCUUUAACGGGAUAGAUGCCAAGCCGAAACAGUUAAAAUCGCUUCAAGAAAUGGUCUAACCUGUUGUUCAGAAUUAAUUUGCAGCAGUUAAAAAAGGGAUGCAAAUACUCUGGCUCAUAUAGAAACUUGUGCAUUCUGAAGUUAUUUUAUUGGACAAUUAAAAACUGUAGAUAAUUAGAAAUCUUUGCCUUCAAAUGACUGGGGUAUUAGUUCUGUCUUUCUAUGGUUUGUACAUUUUUUUUUCGCUAAAUCUUGUAUUUAUGGUGUUAUUGGAUUACCAAUUUUUACUUCCAAUUUUAUUGUAUGAUUUCCACAAAGAAACAUAUAUGCUCA